AUUGAACCAGGGCGGUUUGAUUAUAUAUAUAUUAAAAAAAAAAUUUAGAUCUGCUUUUGUUUUUCGUUGCUUAUCUUCUCAGCCAUCUAGGGCUUCUUCACACACACAGGUCUCUUCCCUUCCCUCUGUUAGAGCAUGCGAUCUAUCUCUCUGUUUUUUUUUCGCCAUUAACGAAUCAACUUGUCAACUUUACACACUGAUUCACCACCACUGCUGCCAAGAAUCUCAGCCACCAGCAUCCUCUAGUUGUGAGAGAUGUCAUCUGGCCAGAAUUCAACAGCUAAUUCCACCCAAGCCACAAGGGGAAAAUCUGAUAUUGCAUGGGCACAUGUUAUUGAGGGAUGAGAUGCCAAUGGGAAGAAGACUUACUCAUGUAUGUAUUGUGGGAAAACUAUUAAAGGUGGAGGGAUUAAUAGAAUGAAGCAACAUCUUGCAAAGAAGUCAGGUGAGGUUGGGCCAUGCAAAAAAGUUCCCCCAGAUAUUCAAUAUCAAAUGCAUGAGUCUUUGAAAGCAUUUGAUGAAAAGAAGAAGCAAAGUGAAGAAAAUUAUGAUUAAUUAAAUCCUUAUGGUCCAGGUGGCUUUCAAUUUGAGGGUGAUGAUGUUUAUGUUAAUGUUGAUGAUGAGGAUGAUGAGGUUAUGAGAACAAUUCCUCAGAACAAUAAGGGCAUUUUAAUCAAUGAAGGAGCUGGAAGUGGGAAUAAGAGUAGAGCACCAAUGACACAGAAAUGGAAGGGGAAGAGACAUGAACCAACAAAAAUCGGUGAUUAUUUUGCACCAAGGACCACUCCGGGUUCUCAACCAACUAUCAAAAGUGCUCUCCAAACUAAAGAAGCCAUACAUAGAGCACAUAUGAUUGUUGGAAAAUUCUUUUAUGAUACUUGUAUUCCAAUCAAUGCUGUGAACUCCAUUUAUUUUCAGCCCAUGUUUGAUGCCGCAAUUGCCAUUGGUCCAGGAUAUAAGGUCCCUACGUACCAUCAACUUCGAGUUCCUUUAUUAAGAGACUCAAAAAAAGAGCUUCAAUUGUAUAUUGACACUUUGAAGAGUUCGUGGGCUGCUUGUGGAUGUACUAUUAUGGGUGAUGGUUGGACUGAUGGUAGACAAAGAAAUCUAAUAAAUUUUCUUGUCUAUAGCCCUAUGGGAAUUGCUUUUGUGAAAUCAAUUGAUGCCUCUAAUGCUGUCAAAGAUGCUACUCUUCUUUCUAAAUUGUUUUUAGAGGUUAUUGAGUGGGUAGGAGUGUCGAAUGUUGUUCAUAUGGUGACAGAUAAUGGAGCAAAUUAUAAAGUUGCUGGAGGACUUGUAAAUGCUACUUACAAAUUUAUAAAUUGGUCUCCAUGUGCAGCUCAUUGCUUGAACUUAAUCUUAAGUGAAAUUUCCAAGAUGAAUCAUGUGCAUGAGCUUGCUAUUAAGGCAUAA